CGAGUACGCGCACGUGUUCUGCAACGUCGUAGUACUACCUACGUUCACAGUGAGGCUUAAACUGUGGUAAGCUGCCAGUGAGCGAGGUUCAGACUGAGCAAAAUGGCCGCCUCAUCUUCGUCUUCUUCAGCUGGUGGAGUUAGUGGAAGCUCUGUAACUGGAUCUGGGUUCAGCGUGUCAGACCUUGCCACGCCACGAAAAGCUCUCUUUACUUACCCCAAAGGAGCUGGGGAAAUGUUAGAAGAUGGCUCUGAGCGAUUCCUCUGUGAAUCCGUUUUCAGCUACCAGGUUGCAUCCACACUAAAACAAGUGAAACAUGAUCAGCAAGUUGCACGAAUGGAAAAACUCGCUGGUUUAGUUGAAGAACUGGAAGCAGACGAGUGGAGGUACAAGCCCAUCGAACAGCUGCUGGGAUUCACUCCUUCAUUGGGUUGAAAGCUUGUAGUUUGUUGGAGUGGAAAGAUAAAACACUUGCACAACUCUA